AUGAAUAAUGAUAAAAAACCCGUAUGUUAUAACCCCGCACCCUCUCUCUACAAUUCUUACAACACAAAGGAGGAGAAACAUGUGCUGCAGCAAAUCAUGUGUGAGGGGUCUAAGGUGAACAUAAAAUGGAGACUAGAAUUGUGAGAAAUGGCUUUGGGGGAGUCCCUGAAGCAAUAUGGAUAUGUAAUUAUCCAAGAGAUUUAGGGGAAUAUAGUGACAGGGAAGAUGAAAGUGUGAAAAAUAAUGGCGUUUCCAAAUACCAUCACCACUAUAAUGCACUCACUAAUAGAAGUUCCUGCUUAGGAAUGUCUGGCUCUCUGGUUGUGGUAACGGAGUUGGGAUGCUGCACCUGGCAGACCCCAUGUAAGAAAUCAAACUAUUCAUAAAAUUAUUGAAUCCUUCCAGUGGAGGAGGUCGGUCCAGGGCACUGCUGGUUCCAUAACCACUAGAAUGUGUCUUCCAUGGACAGGAGAGGAACGUAUUUUAUUCGUCUUCCUGGGAUUCUAAGCAGAUUUUUUGCAAUUAUGUAUUUUUAAACAAUUAUUCUAAUGAUGCCAAAUUCUGUUACUCUUUACUUUCAUCUUAAUUAUAUUGCUUUUUUUCCCGUUUAACUUUUUAAUAAUUCCUAAAAGAAUACAUGUGAUAUUUCUGUGCCUUCUGGAUGUUGCCAUAUAUUUAUUGACACAAUAUGUCAAUCUGGCAGACUGCACCACCUUGUCUCCAUAUACUCCUCGAUGCUUGUGCAAUUUUUUUAAUGUCCUGAUGGUCCACGUUUUUUCCAAUGGCAUCAUUCAAGUACAGUCUGGUAUCAUAACUAAUGUAAGACAAUAAAACCAGUCCUGGAUACAUUUCAGGCCACGCUAUUCAUUCUUUUAUGCCUUGUUAUGAUCUCUAUUAUGUUAUACGAGAGUGCAUAAAAAAACAAUUUAUGUGCAUUUUACGUUUUUGACUUGGCAUAUAUAUGCUAUAGGGUAUUCUUUACCCUGGGUUUGCGUGUUUGGGUACACCUGUCUUAAUACCAACCCAUUUUUAAACAUUUACCUCCUACAUACACAUGGAGUGAUUGGAUAGAUGCUGCACCCCAAAAUGCAUAUGCCUUUGACUGUUUUAACUUGAGGCUAAUUCAGGUCAAAUCUAAGUUUAGUUUGCUCUGUUUGGAUGGAAUUAAAACUCUUUAUUGCGCCAAUGUGGUCCAUAUGAUUCUCUGCAACUGUUUUAAUAAAAUUUAGAUCUCAGUAAAUAACCACACCUAACUCAUGUUUUGAUUUUCUCUUUUUACACCAGAUACAAGCUUUGGCUGAUCUCCGACAGGAAAAUGUGGAGUUUCUGUCAGCUGUUGCUAGCUGUCCUGUCUUGUCUGGUCCUCGUCGCAUAUCUCAGUAUAAAAUGGAAGGCAAGAAGUCUACCUCCUGGACCACUUCCCCUACCACUUAUUGGCAAUUUAUGGACACUGAAGUUCAGCCUGCAUCCAGAUAUUCUGAACCAGGUAUCACAUAAUAAUAAUAAUGCUCUUCAUGAAGAGUUCCAGGGUCCCUGGAGGUUCCCAACUACACUCCAAUGGCCAUGAGAGUUAAUAAGUAUGUAGUGGUUUAGAAAAAUACCUCUCUCUGUCUCACAAGAGAUUUAGUUUUUAUCAGAAACUGAAGGAAGCAAGGUAAAUUGUUAGUGUAAGACUAGCCUAAGAGGUUUGCCUUUAUGUGGCAGGUGGGCUUACAUCUAAUGGCUAUUGGAGUGGAACUAAAAACUAGUGCGCAAGUAACUAUUUUCUUUGGUUUUUAUUGUAUGUAUUGGGGCUGAUGUGUACUAUAGUCAUUGCUGCCGCCCAGGAGUAGUGGGAGUCUGAGUGCAAGACUUAUUUUUGUGCUUCUAUGCUGCUUAGACUAACGAGGAAGCAUUUACCAUGACUUGCUGUUAUUGGCUGAGAGAGUCAGCUGACUGCUCUCAGACGAUCACUGCACCCACCACUGGUAUGAAUUGAUAUGGCUGGAAGAAAGAGUGUUAAAAAAAUAAUACUGCACUUAAAAGUAAUGCAAGCAAAGUAAUUUAUUGGAAACAUUGCUCUUCUUGAGAAGUUAUAAGGCCACUGGAGCCCUAACUUGUAAUACAAGUUUGCCCAAAGUAAGCCAAUACAAGUUAGGGCGCCAGUAGCCUUAUAACUUCUCAAGAAGAGCAAUGAUUACAAUAAAUUACUUUGCUUGCAUUACUUUUGAGUGCUGUAUUAUUUUUUAAUUUUUGAUUAUUUUGGAGGUUGCAGUAGGGUCACCUCAAUACCAGAAACUACAUCAAUAUAUAUUCGUAAUCUAUGCCUUAGACCUCAAGAAGGGGCUGGGCUGUGGGUGGCCAACCCAUGUUAAACAUUUUAAAAUGGAUGAAACAUACCAUGGGACUUUAGGCACCAUAACCAAUGCAAUGAGAUGAAAUGGUUAUAGUGCAUAAAGUUACUCAAACUUGUUGAACUAGGGGUGAGGGGAGGUGUAUCUAUGGUAAACACUGGUGCAUUUUUAAAAAUAUAUAUAAUUUAGCAACAUUAUUUUGUAACCUUUCAACUGGUUUUAGCCAAGAACAGGGCAGUUGCCAUUUCUCUAUCUUUAUCCACCAUAUUACAUUUCAAACAGAAACAUUGUCAACACUUAACAUAGUAAUAUGGUCCUAGUGAUGACUACUACAGGAGCACAUACAUAGAGUAGAAUUUUUUGAUUUGUGUAUGACCAGUUUUGCACAGCUAUUGUCCUCCUGUAUUCAGAGGAAGGGAAUAUGCUGCAAACUGACCACAAUUAUUUGACCACAAUUUUUAGUUGGCCAAGCGUUAUGGAAAUAUUUACACAAUAUGGCUGGGACAGACUCCACUUGUGAUGUUACAUGGAUUUCAGGCUGUGAAGAAUGCUCUCAUCUCUCACUCAGAGGAGCUCUCUGGACGUCCUGUGGCAGGCUUUGCAAAGGCACUCUCCCGUGGAAGAGGUAAUAAAGUAUAGGACCAAGUAUAGGACUGUCUUAUACCAUCAUAUAUGCAUGUCAGUUUAGUACCUUAAAGGAACACUAUAUGGUCAGGAAUAAACAUGGACAAACAUGUAUUCCUUACCCUAUAGUGUGAAAAACACAAUCUAGCCCCCCAGGUACCUCCUUAACCAUUUUCCAGUAUGCUGCUGCUGGCUCUGUCCCUGGCCCCUCAGAAGUGGUGAUAUCAGCCAAUCACAAUGCUUUCCCAUAGGAAAGCAUUGGAUUGGCUGAGACUGUCAAGGAAGCCGAUCAGGCUCAUAGUCAGCACAAGCCAAACACAGCUCUGGCCAAUCAGCAUCUCCUCAUAGAGCUGAAUUGAAUCAAUGUAUCUCUAUGAGGAAUGUUCAGUGUUUCCAUGCAGAGGGUGGAGACACUGAAUGGCAGUACUGCACACUGUGCUACACUGCCUCAGGAAGCACCUCUAGUAGCUGAGGAGUGACCAGUGGUGUAUCCUGGUUUUGUGCUGCCCUAGGCAGUCUGAAGGGACUGACUGUACUCACCAGAGCAACUACAUUAAGCUGUGUUUCUAUGCUGCUUAGAUUAAUGAGGAAGCAUUUACUAUGACAGCAAUGGGUGGCUGUGAUUGGCUGAGAGUGACUAUAGUGUCCCUUUAAGCAUUUUACUUGUUAAGGUUCUGUGUUCACUGGAUGUUGAUUAGGUUUAUCCUUUUGUAACAAAGUCCAGUCUAGUGUUCCCAUAUUGUUCUAAACAAUCUUUACCAUUAACAGUUUGGUGAAAACGGCCCCUAUACUGUACAUCAAGCACACAGGUUUCAGUUAUCACAGUCCUUCCACAGAUAAGUAAUUGGCACUUGAACAAGAAUGUCGCAACUCAGAAAAAGAUAUAGUUUGGUUAAUAUGCCAGAUUGUAAUUUGGGGCUACUGUUGGCCAAAUAUUAGAGGAUUAACCACUGUUAAUCAGAAAUGGGUGAUUUUUUAAAUUUUAUUUUUUAAUUGUUUUUUAUUUAUUUCCAUUUUUAAAUUAUUAUUGUAAAACUUUCUAUGUUAAUGUGCCAAACUGAAAUUACAAUUACAUCCUUCUGAAACCUAAAUGUGUCUUUUGUGUGGGAAAAAAGUGCUCCAUGAUUUUACAUCAGUUUACCAGCAUAUUCCAAUAUUUAUGUAAACAGGAAUUAAUUAGUUACAAAAUACAUAAAAUCUAGUAUGUCACAGAUUAAUUAAUACUAUUAAUUUUAAUACGAUCUAUCUUAAACAAGGUAUUGUAGUAACCAAUGGUCACGUCUGGAAACAGCAGAGACGAUUUGGAAUGAUGACUCUAAGAAACCUAGGACUUGGAAAGCGUGGUCUGGAGUCGAGAAUACAGGAAGAGGCUCGAUGCCUGGUGGAAUCCUUUAUAGCUGAGAGUGGUCAGUAAAACUUGGGUAAAAUGCUUUAAAAAUCAAAGUAUUUUAAUUACUAUUCCCAUAUAACAUUGUAUGCAAGUUUUGUUGCAAAAUGCUCUAUGGAGUGACAAAUGGUGUGAUCAUUAUGCCUGUUAAAGUUAAAUAUUAAUGGAAACCUGCAAACACCAUAACCACUACAGGCAAAUGUAAUGGUUAUGGUGCCAGGAGUGCCCUGGCACCGAGGGCGAGAUUAAGAGCCCAGUGGGCCUAGUGCUGACAAUUAGGAUGGGGCGCCAGAUUAAGAGCCCAGUGGGCCUGGUUCUGACAAUUAUGAUGGGGCCUAAUUACAGAAUCUUAUUGACCAAAAACACUAAUACAGUCAUACCUCCCAAGCGUCAUGUAUCUGAUGGAGAUGGUGCUGGAUGGAAACUCAUAGGAUGCAGCUAUAAGAAAACACAUACCCUAUGCUAAUCUAUUUCUAAUAUAUGCUUUCAUCUUUAAAGUAAAUCCAUACCCCCUAACAGCAGCGUCCAGUGAAGCAGGAAGUCAAUGGGCGGGGUAAAAGGGUGGGCCACUGACGCGAAUCACGUGACCAGAACUGUCAAAAGGGGCUCACAUGCCCAAAAAGGGGACAUGUCUGUCCAAAGGAUUUGAAGGCCAGCCUGGCAUCAGUGUCCCUAUGUAUCACAGUGUCAGUGUCCCCUAGUCUCCCAAUGUCUGUACCCUCAUUUCUCCCAGUGUCCCCAUGUCUCAGUGUGUCCUGUGUCACUAGGAUACUAGGGGACACUGAGAGAGAUGGGGACACUGAGAGACCCGGGGACAAAGACACUUUGGGACACUGGGAGACAUGGGGGGACUGAGACACUUUGGGACACUGAGACACUUGGGGACACUGAUAGACAUGGGGGCACUUGUGGAUACAGACAUAGGGACACUGGGAGACAUGGAGACACAGACAUUUGGGGACACUGGGAGAAAUGGGGUCACAGACACUAGGGACACAGAGACAUGGGAACAAAGACACUUGGGGAAACUAAGACACUAUUGACACUGGCUGGGAGGCAUGGGGACACAUAUACUUGGGGACACUGGGAGACAUGGGAGCACUUGUGAACAUAGAUAUGGGGACACUGGGAGACAUGGGGACACUAGGGACACAGACACUGAGAGACAUGGGGACACAGACACUAGGGACAUUGGCUGGGAGACAUGGGGACACUGGGAGACAUGUGGACACUGGGAUACAUGGGGGUACUGAGACACUGGCUGGGAGACAUGUGGACACUGGGAGACAUGGGGACACAGAUAUUUGGGGACACUGGGAGACAAUAGGACACUGGGAGACAUGGGGACACUGAGAGACAUGGAGGCACACACACUGGGAGACUAGGGGACACUGGCUGGGAGACAUGGGGACACUGGGAGACAUGGAGACACUGUGUCCCUAGUGUCUCCAUGUCCCAAUGUGUCUACCUAUGUCUCACAGCAUCCCCAUGUGUCUCAGCAUCCCCAUGUCUCACAGUGUCCCCUAGUGUCUCAGUGUCCCCAAGUGUCUCAGUGUCCCCUAGUGUCUCAGUGUCCCCAUGUUUCCCUGCUGCCUUUCCCUCCAUCCUUCACAUAUCUCAGCUGGAGUCUGUCUCUGCAGGCUGGAAGCUGCUGUGUGGACUCUCUGUGCUUUGUAGCUGCUCCCCCGCGGAUCAGUGAGUAGAGAGAGGCAGGGAGAUGCUGUAACUUCCUAUCCCUGCCUCUCUCCAUACACAGUGAACUCUACUGGCCGGUGCUGGUAUUGCAGAGUUAUCUCCGUUUAUACUGAGAAAAAUAUUUGCAUUUGUAUUUCCGGUAUUACUGCAAUACCAUUACGGCCAGGCAGCCUCAAAUACCGGCUGUGCCUUAAAAUAGUCAGGUGGCAAACCUAAGAGUAGUGUUUAAAAAAAAAAAAAAUUUUUUUUUUUUAAAUGGGCCUAUUCCAUGGGCCUGGGCCUGCCUGGGCCUGAAGCUGCAGCUCCAUCAGCCCCUAUGUUAAUCCAGCCCUACUGGCACCCUCACGGAGUAACCUGUCAAACUGUUUUUGAUUUGACAGCUUAUCUGGUUUCUCUAGACACCCACACUGCAUCCAGGCUUCUGCAGAAGAAGCUGGAUGUCAUCAGUGAGCUAAGACUGGCUGACCUAGGAGCAUGCUCAUUGGCCGAAAACAGUCAUCCGAUGCUCUCAGCCAGUGAGCAUAGUCCUGGAAUUGCCUACAAAGGCAGUGGAGCUAAAAGGAAUCUCCUGCGGCCACUCAACAGGACCCAGGUAAGUUGUCAAACAGUCCUAAAAUGGUUUUAAAAGGUUACUCUGGAAAGGUGCCUGGGCACUCUGGACACCAUAAUCACUAAAGCAGGCUGUGGUGUUUAGGGUGCUUAGAGUGCUCCUUUUAAGAGCAAAUACACAUAUCUAACAUUUCUGAUCUUUUAUUAUUAUGUGUAUUUAUUGUUUUAAUACACAAGUUUGCACGCUAAUACCAGGUUAUUCCUUCUCCUUAAUAUCAACAGGGAAACCAAUGGACACUUUCUAUUUUGUUAACCAUGCAAUUGCAAAUGUAAUUUCCACUGUGGUGUUUGGACAUCGAUUUGCUUUUGACGAUGUGAUCUUCCAGGAAUUAAUUACAAGCAAUGACUAUUUGUUUCAGGUCUUGGGAUCCAAAUGGGGAUGAGUAAGUGAUUACACCUAAUAUUUCUCCUUCUUAGUGACUGUAUGCAUUUGUAUCAUUUAAUAAUCACUCCUUUCUAUUUGUUAGCUGUAUGACUCAUUCCCUUGGCUCAUGAACCAUGUCCCAGGACCCCACCAAAGAGUCUUUGAAAAGAAGGAAUACUUGGAGAAUUUUGUGAGGAAUGAGAUCAAAUAUCAUCAGGAAAAUAGAACCCAAUGAUGUGAUUGACUACUAUAUGGCACAAAUAGCAAAAGUAAAGAUCUAUUGAUAUCUAUAAUUAGUUAGCAAACAUGUGAUAUACAUUAAUGGGGAGUGUGCGUGCGUGCGUGCGUGCGUGCGUGCGUGCGUGCAUGCGUGCGUGUAUUCCAUUACUGUUUCCUUAAAGGGUCACUGUAUGAACUAUAACAAUUUCAUCUCAUUGCCUGAAGUCCCAAGGUACUUACCCUCCAUUCAGUGUUAAACCAUUUUUGAGCAGUUUAACACUACAUAUGGGUUAUUGGCUGUCCACAGCCUGAUCCCUACUAGAGGUAUGGCAAAUGAAGUCAUAUUUUUGAAAUCAUUGUAAACAAAAAUGUAAAAUAAAUACUGUGUGCACAUUUAUUAACUAUAGUAAAAUAACAAUAAUAAACCAAGAGGAUUAUACCACUUACUUUAACACUCUAUAUUAUGUUAGUUAAAAAUGUAACAGACCCCUUUCCUUAAGUUCGUUCUUAUCUCAGACUACUAUUUUGGUCAUUAUUUUUUAAUUUUCUAUUACAUUAUUAUAUAUGUUUCAGUCUUGCACCCCACACCAUGGCAUUCCCGUCUAUCCUCAAAGGUACACCAGAUUUGCACCGAUGAUAAAAUAUUAACAAUAUCAAUGUUGCUGCAGUGGGACCAGACUGUGGGUGCCAUGGAAAAAACAUGAUAUUUCACAAAUUGCUCCAAAAUGGUUUGACAGAAAUCUGGAGGAAAGUGUCCCUGGAUGUAUAACACCAUGACCACUGCAAUGAGCUGUAGCGGUUAUGGUUUUUAGAGUGUCCCUUUUAAUAAGUCAAAAUUAAAAUAUUUGUUAUGGGAUUAUAUGCUAAAUACUUUGUGUCAAAAAAAUCUCUUACUUUCUACAGACCAAAGGUGAGCCUGACUCUACAUUUGAUGAUGCCAACUUAGUUCAAGUGGUUAUUGAUCUUUUUAUAGCAGGAACAGAGACAACAGCAACCACCCUACAGUGGGUUCUGUUAUUUAAAAAAACACAAUGUGUGCUGGCACUCAAUUAUGCAAGGUGCAGGUAUUCGAGGUUUAACCCCACAACAACCUCCUAAUCUAAAUCCAAAACAAAUAUGAAUACCGCACUCAAAAUAAUUAUAGUAAAGUCUAAUCUUGUAUUAAAUUGCAAAAAUAUUUAUUAUAAUUAUAAUUCAUAGGUUCAUCAAGUAAAUCAUGGUGAAUUUCAUUUCAAUAAUAUGUACAUAGAUUAUUUACAUAUAUACACACAAAAUCCUCCCUGUGCUGAAUUUCAUGAGCUAUGUAUCUAUUUACAAUGGGUAAUGAUCCAAAAAAUGAAUGAAUAAAAAGAGUCCAGAAAAAAUACAAAAAAUAAUAAAAAAUAGUAAAAAAUUGAAAAAGAAAAAAGAAAAAAGAAAAAGGAAAAAAGAAAAAAAGAAGAAAAAGAGAAAAAAUAUAUAUAAUACAGUCCUGUUGUCUAAUAGUCCAAAAUAUAGUGCACUAUAUAAUACAUAAGUAUAUGGAUGGAUCUCACCAAUGUAAAAGUUGGCUUUAUAGUAUGCUCAGUAGGAGGAUGAUGUAUUCUGUAGAUGGUAUAUAAUGGAUGAGGGUGAAAAUGGUUGUUGUUCGGUGAGAAGACAAUCACUCAUCUAUUCUCUGCAGGAUAUGGUCAGUCUGACAGGUCAUUCAAUAAUCCAUAAACUUGGGCAAUCCUAGAAACGGGCUGAAAUGGGCUGUGCGCUCGGGACGUUCCUGUCCCUUCGAUGGCCCCUGUUCCUCUCCGUCCUGCCAAAGGGGGGAGCACUGGUGAUCAUGGAUCGCACAUAUUACAUAAAAGAAAUUGAGACCCAGUUAAUGGAUAACACAAAUUACUUACUUAUUAGUCAAGACCCUACACACAAUCUGAAACGUAUACUAGAUAAACUUAACCAAUGGAAGAAAAGAAAGGUUAGCGCUAAUAAUAACUGUAUAUAAAAAUAAAGGCAGCGGCCUUAUAGAGGGUCACCCUCUAACCCUCUACAGUAAGAAUAUAUACAAAGACAAAGAAUAAGGCUGUGCCAAGAGAAUGAUUAAAACAAGUCCAAAUAAAAUGAUUUCAGAUAAAAUAAAAAUGUUCUAAUAGGAGAGUCCCAAUAAUAGGUGGUGUUUCAACUGAUAUGAUGUCUUCCUUAGCAGUGGUCGUCCGUCUCACGAUAUGAAAGACACAAUGGGAGAGAGCCAAUUGUGCAGAGUGUAUAAAUAGAUAAUAUUUAAAUAAAAUAUAAAUUACACACUCACAUUUCCAUGAGCUAGGACCAGCUCUGGUAUGAUGGGCAUACGGCGGAUAACCCUCCGCUUAUAGGGGUGCUUGUCCUCCUGGAGCGUCCUGGUGUCCAAAUUCUCAGGGAAAGAAAAUAGAAACAGCCAAUAGUGCUCUCUGGUGAGGUAGUUUAUAAAAAGGAUAAAAAAUAAAUAAAAUAUACUCACAAGUGGAGUGCAGGUCAAUCUGCACUCUAUUAUACGCGUGGGUGGUAUAAUCCCCACCUUAGGAUAUGCCAGGAACAAUAAAUGAGGUUAAAAGUAAUAAUAAUUAUAAAAUUAUUUAUUAGUACAAUAUAUUAUAAAACCAAUAACGCGUUUCGCCGUAGAGGCUUUAUCAAAUUGGAAUAGUAUAGAUACCUGGCACAUUAGGAGUAUAUAUAGCUAGUACAAACAUUUAAAAUUGGCGCCAAAAAAAUGAUCAACCAAUAGAAAUGAUACAAAAUAUAAAUAGAAAAUAUACAUACAAAAGGUGAAAAAUGAUAUAGAUUAUAAAUAUUUAUAAACAUAAGAUAAUAUGUAUAUACCUACAAAUAUAUAAAAAAACGAGCAUUAUUUUGUGUGGGAAAAGAGUUAAAAUAAAAAUUCCGGUUUCGUGCAAGUCACGUGACCCGCAAUGCACCUUGGGGCAUGUAGUGCCGGGUUACGUGACCGCCGACAUGCAUACACACAGUCCGUGCGGCCGCAACUAGAGAAGACGGCACGCACGGACUGGGGAGCAGAUGGGCGGGUUCGGAUCUUGUCACGUGACCCGCGGCGUCAUGUAUCAGUAAUACCCGCGGGCCACGUGACAAUAACCGCGAGGAACACUGGGAAAUGUGGUUUAAAGCAGCAAAGUGGAUAGAAUUAGAAAAUAACAUAUAAUAGAGAAUAAUCAAGUAUAAAACAAAUCAGUAUAUAGUUGGAACAGGCAUAUUAAAAUAUGUAGAGUAUAUAUAAAAUAAACAUACAUAAAUUUAAUACAUAUAAAAAGAUGGAUACAAGUCAAAUAGGAGGGGCAUAGAAUAAUAAAUCAAUAAUGGCAAUAAAAAUAAAAUAUAAAAAUAUAAAACCAAAGGAUAAAAUGGAAAAUAAUUUAAAGGUAAAAGAUUAUAAAAAGUUAAAUAAAUCAAAAUCCACAUUAAGACCUUGGGGAGUAAGGGUUUGUAAAUUAUAUACCCAUUCCAUCUCUGAUCUACCAAGGAUGUUUUUAAUGUUACCACCUCUCCAGGGUAUUUGGCACUUCUGAAUACCUAAGAAUUUAAGAAAUUUAGGAUCUUGAUUAUGAUUAAUAAAAUGUUUAGAUACUGAGUGGUUUAGGUAUCCAUUUCUUAUGUUCCUACAGUGUUCUGCCAGUCGUGUCUUAAGACACCUGGUGGUCAUACCCACGUAUUGGAGGCCGCAAGGGCACUCCAAUAGGUAGAUGACGUUGGUAGUGUUACAACCAAUAAAAUCUCUUAUCAUAUAACUUUUAUUUGUUUGGUUGGAUUUGAAGUUAGUGAUUUUAGAUUUAGUUGUUAGAUCGGUGUUUUUACAUACAGUGCAACGUUUACAUUUGUAAAAACCUUUUGCCCCAUCUAAAAACGUAUGUUGAAUAUUUUUAGUCACUUUGGUAUAAUUAUUAGUUAAAAUUGAUCUAAAAUUAGGUGCCCCUCUAAAAACAAUUUUUGGCUGUGCAGGUAAAAUUUCUUUAAGUAGAUCAUCCUGUCUUAAGAGAUGCCAAUGCUUUUUAAUAGUUGUUUUAAUAAAACCGCUUUUGUUAUUAUAGUUAAAAAUAAUGGGAAGGGUGGGGGUUUCUAAGGUAUUUUUAUCUUUGUACGUUAAAAUACUUUCUCUAGAUUUAUUUCUGACUGUGUCUAUAGUGCUAUCAAGAAAAGUGCAAGAGUAAUUCUUUUCAAUAAAUUGUUUCUUUAAAACCAAUGAUUGUUCAUUAAAAUCAUUUAUUUGGGAACAAUUACGACGUAUUCUUAAAAAUUGGCUUUUCGGAGCGCUUUCAAGCCAUGGUUUGUAAUGGCAACUUGUCUGAUCAAUUGCAGUAUUGGUACAUACUUUCUUAAAAAAUGUUUUUGUAUGUAUUUUGCCAUCUUGGAUAAAAAUAUUUAAAUCUAAAAAAUUAAUUGAAUUAGUACUAUAUUCACAAGUCAGAAUAAUACCUUUAUUAUUAGAAUUAAGGUGUGAUAUAAAAGAAUUCAAAUUCUAAUAAAUGAUUUUAAUGAACAAUCAUUGGUUUUAAAGAAACAAUUUAUUGAAAAGAAUUACUCUUGCACUUUUCUUGAUAGCACUAUAGACACAGUCAGAAAUAAAUCUAGAGAAAGUCUUUUAACGUACAAAGAUAAAAAUACCUUAGAAACCCCCACCCUUCCCAUUAUUUUUAACUAUAAUAACAAAAGCGGUUUUAUUAAAAAAACUAUUAAAAAACAUUGGCAUCUCUUAAGACAGGAUGAUCUACUUAAAGAAAUUUUACCUGCAAAGCCAAAAAUUGUUUUUAGAGGGGCACCUAAUUUUAGAUCAAUUUUAACUAAUAAUUAUACCAAAGUGACUAAAAAUAUUCAACAUACGUUUUUAGAUGGGGCAAAAGGUUUUUACAAAUGUAAACGUUGCACUGUAUGUAAAAACACCGAUCUAACAACUAAAUCUAAAAUCACUAACUUCAAAUCCAACCAAACAAAUAAAAGUUAUAUGAUAAGAGAUUUUAUUGGUUGUAACACUACCAACGUCAUCUACCUAUUGGAGUGCCCUUGCGGCCUCCAAUACGUGGGUAUGACCACCAGGUGUCUUAAGACACGACUGGCAGAACACUGUAGGAACAUAAGAAAUGGAUACCUAAACCACUCAGUAUCUAAACAUUUUAUUAAUCAUAAUCAAGAUCCUAAAUUUCUUAAAUUCUUAGGUAUUCAGAAGUGCCAAAUACCCUGGAGAGGUGGUAACAUUAAAAACAUCCUUGGUAGAUCAGAGAUGGAAUGGGUAUAUAAUUUACAAACCCUUACUCCCCAAGGUCUUAAUGUGGAUUUUGAUUUAUUUAACUUUUUAUAAUCUUUUACCUUUAAAUUAUUUUCCAUUUUAUCCUUUGGUUUUAUAUUUUUAUAUUUUAUUUUUAUUGCCAUUAUUGAUUUAUUAUUCUAUGCCCCUCCUAUUUGACUUGUAUCCAUCUUUUUAUAUGUAUUAAAUUUAUGUAUGUUUAUUUUAUAUAUACUCUACAUAUUUUAAUAUGCCUGUUCCAACUAUAUACUGAUUUGUUUUAUACUUGAUUAUUCUCUAUUAUAUGUUAUUUUCUAAUUCUAUCCACUUUGCUGCUUUAAACCACAUUUCCCAGUGUUCCUCGCGGUUAUUGUCACGUGGCCCGCGGGUAUUACUGAUACAUGACGCCGCGGGUCACGUGACAAGAUCCGAACCCGCCCUUCUGCUCCCCAGUCCGUGCGUGCCGGCUUCUCUAGUUGCGGCCGCACGGACUGUGUGUAUGCAUGUCGGCGGUCACGUGACCCGGCACUACAUGCCCCAAGGUGCAUUGCGGGUCACGUGACUCGCACGAAACCGGAAUUUUUAUUUUAACUCUUUUCCCACACAAAAUAAUGCUCGUUUUUUUUAUAUAUUUGUAUAUACAUAUUAUCUUAUGUUUAUAAAUAUUUAUAAUCUAUAUCAUUUUUCACCUUUUGUAUGUAUAUUUUCUAUUUAUAUUUUGUAUCAUUUCUAUUGGUUGAUCAUUUUUUUGGCGCCAAUUUUAAAUGUUUGUACUAGCUAUAUAUACUCCUAAUGUGCCAGGUAUCUAUACUAUUCCAAUUUGAUAAAGCCUCUACGGCGAAACGCGUUAUUGGUUUUAUAGUAUAUUGUACUAAUAAAUAAUUUUAUAAUUAUUAUUACUUUUAACCUCAUUUAUUGUUCCUGGCAUAUCCUAAGGUGGGGAUUAUACCACCCACGCGAAUAAUAGAGUGCAGAUUGACCUGCACUCCACUUGUGAGUAUAUUUUAUUUAUUUUUUAUCCUUUUUAUAAACUACCUCACCAGAGAGCACUAUUGGCUGUUUCUAUUUUCUUUCCCUGAGAAUUUGGACACCAGGACGCUCCAGGAGGACAAGCACCCCUAUAAGCGGAGGGUUAUCCGCCGUAUGCCCGUCAUACCAGAGCUGGUCCUAGCUCAUGGAAAUGUGAGUGUGUAAUUUAUAUUUUAUUUAAAUAUUAUCUAUUUAUACACUCUGCACAAUUGGCUCUCUCCCAUUGUGUCUUUCAUAUCGUGAGACGGACGACCACUGCUAAGGAAGACAUCAUAUCAGUUGAAACACCACCUAUUAUUGGGACUCUCCUAUUAGAAAAUUUUUAUUUUAUCUGAAAUCAUUUUAUUUAAACUUAACCAAUGGGCCCUCUCUAAAAACAUUAUCUCUGAUGGAGAAUAUAAAUAUAUGAAUCUUAAAUACCCAAGAAUUCCAGUGUUCUACACCCUCCCAAAAAUACAUAAGAACCCUCUUUUUCCACCAGGCAGACCAAUAGUCAGUGGUACUGGGUCUAUAUUCCAACACCCAGCAGAGAUACUGGAUACAUUCUUGAUCAAAUAUGUCCCAUUGCAGAAAUCAUACCUCAAAGAUACUACUACAUUUCUUACACUACUAACAGACAUACAUAUUCCACCAGGUGACUUUUGGUUGGUAACCAUGGAUGUACAGUCACUAUAUACUUCAAUUGACCACAAUAGAGGGAUUGAGGCAGUGGAUUGGACACUGGAUAGAGACCCGAGAUUAACCCAACAAGGGGAGACCCGAAAAUAUAUCAGGGAAUUACUUACUUUCAUUUUGACUGAGAAUUACUUUUUGUUUGGUGAUAAGUAUUACAAACAGAUUAAGGGUACAGCUAUGGGCUCGAAUGUCACUCCAACAUAUGCUAACAUUUAUAUGAAUCGAAUGGAGGAAACAUGCAUCUACCAACAUCCCUUAUUUUCCAAAUGCUUAGUUUGGAAAAGAUACAUAGAUGACGUGUUCAUAUGUUGGAGCGGCACCAGGGCCCACUUACAGGAAUUUUUUGAGUCAUUAAAUACACAAGAUGAAAACAUCAAAUUCACUAUGUGCUGUGAUACGACUACAGUCCCUUUUCUAGAUGUUCAGGUACAGAGAGUACAAAAUUGCCUUCAUAGCGAUUUGUACAUAAAACCCACUGACCGUAAUAAUUUAUUGACUUACUCAAGCUUUCAUCCAAUCCAUCUAAAGAAUGGGUUACCAUUCAGUCAAUUGUUAAGGGUAAAAAGGAUAGUAUCACAGGAAGAUAAAGUGAUGACAGGUUUAGAUUUUAUGGCCAAUAAAUUCAUAGAGAGAGGCUAUCCCACACAUAUAGUCGACAAUCAACGACAGAAGGUUGAUAAUCUUUCUCGACAAGAAACCCUUUCAGGUGCAGGGGCCAGAGACAAAGUAGAAAGGAUUAUGUUGGUGACACCAUAUACUCCACUUAACAGAGAUAUAAGACAGGUUAUAUUAAAACAUUGGCAACUUUUUCAGGGGGACAUUCAACUACCCCAGAUAUUCCAACAGUUUCCACUUUUUGCAUAUCAGAGGGCCUCGAACCGGAGGGACAUGAUAGUAAGGUCAGAUAUUGGCAGUUCUAAGAAACAAACCAGAUUUUUUUCAGAACCCAAGAAGGGCACCUUUCCAUGUUUAAAUUGCUCACACUGUAACAGUGUGAUCAAGGGGGAAUAUUUUGUUCAUCCCAGAUCAGGCAAGAAAUUUUAUGUCAAAUAAUUUUUUACAUGCAACUCUGACUUUGUCGUGUAUGCUCUUAAGUGUCCCUGUGGACUCCUGUACGUGGGGGAGACCAUCAGGCCAGUGAAAGAGCGGAUAGGGGAGCAUAAAAGGAGCAUUAGGGCAGCAUUACAACACAAUAAAGUGGAGGCUCCGGUACCCAGACAUUUUAAAACAUAUGGUCAUAACGUAAACCAAUUAAGGUUUCAAGUCUUGGACAGAAUCCCACCUCUACGUAGAGGAGGGGAUAGACAGAAGCUCUUAUUGCAGAGAGAAACAAAAUGGACCUUGGAGACUUUGUCACCAUUAGGACUUAAUGAAGACUAUGACCUUAAACAUUUCUUAUGACAAUUUUUUCCUUUUUCUUGUAUUUAUUGCCUGCUCUAUGAUUUUGUUCUCCUUACAGAGGCUCCCCUUGACCAGUUCUGGUCCGGUGUCCUUUCCUACCAACAUUUUGACCUCUUUGGGUCCGCUACCUGCCAUCUGUACAGGGUUCCCCACACGCGGGACCCAGGGGCACGGUGGGGCAUUACGAGACAGGUGAGUUGCAUACUCUGUCUUUAUUUUAUUUAUUUUUCUAAAGUUUUUUUCAAAAUUAGCUACAUUAAAAAAAAAUUUCCAAUAAAAAUCCUUUCUUUUAUUCACUUUUUUCAUUUAUUUUUUCUUGAUUUUUUCUCAUUUUUUCGUUUUUUACCCUUUUUUCUUUGUUCUUUUUUCUUUUUCCUUUUUUCUUUAUAUUAGUUUUUUUAAAAAUGUUUUUCUUCGUUUUCUUUUAUUGUACGAGAUAUAGAUAAUUUAUUUCCUUUUUUCUUUUUUAAAUAUAGCUGGUUAUUCUACUGGUUUAUAUCUACAGAUAUUCUUGUUCUCUUGAUCAUCUGUUACAGGUGAGCUUAACAAUAACCAUACAUCAGUCAGAUCAAUUUAGAAAUAUUAAAUUAUUAUUUUUUGUUCCUCCUUCUUUUUUAUUAUUUUCUGGUUUAUGACUUUUCAGAUUACAGCACUAUUUGGUUUUAGUUAACUUUAUGUAAUUACAAUAAUUUUUGAGUAUCAUGGUUCUCAGGCAGUCUUCCCUUUGUAUAUAUAUUAUGACCACUCUUUAGGUUUCCCUCAGUGUAUACAUAUACUAAUUGACCUUGUAGUAACUUUUACUACAUACUUAUUAUUUAGAUUUACUUCAAUUUACACUUUGUGACUUUCCUUUAUCUUUGUCAAUACGCAAUAUGUAUGUGAACAAUAAAGUUGAGUUGAAUACGUAUGACGCAGCGACGCACGCUGACGUCAGAAGGCGGAAGUAGGUGUAUGGAGUGGCCGCGGUGGAAUUUGCCGCCCAAUUAGGAUAUUUAAACCGAUACAUUUAUACUUCGGCAGGACGGAGAGGAACAGGGGCCAUCGAAGGGACAGGAACGUCCCGAGCGCGCAGCCCAUUUCAGCCCGUUUCUAGGAUUGCCCACGUUUAUGGAUUAUUGAAUGACCUGUCAGACUGACCAUAUCCUGCAGAGAAUAGAUGAGUGAUUGUCUUCUCACCGAACAACAACCAUUUUCACCCUCAUCCAUUAUAUACCAUCUACAGAAUACAUCAUCCUCCUACUGAGCAUACUAUAAAGCCAACUUUUACAUUGGUGAGAUCCAUCCAUAUACUUAUGUAUUAUAUAGUGCACUAUAUUUUGGACUAUUAGACAACAGGACUGUAUUAUAUAUAUUUUUUCUCUUUUUCUUCUUUUUUUCUUUUUUCCUUUUUCUUUUUUCUUUUUUCUUUUUCAAUUUUUUACUAUUUUUUAUUAUUUUUUUUAUUUUUUCUGGACUUUUUUUAUUCAUUCAUUUUUUGGAUCAUUACCCAUUGUAAAUAGAUACAUAGCUCAUGAAAUUCAGCACAGGGAGGAUUUUGUGUGUAUAUAUGUAAAUAAUCUAUGUACAUAUGAUUGAAAUGAAUUUCACCAUGAUUUACUUGAUGAACCUAUGAAUUAUAAUUAUAAUAAAUAUUUUUGCAAUUUAAUACAAGAUUAGACUUUACUAUAAUUAUUUUGAGUGCGGUAUUCAUAUCUGUUUUGGUUCUGUUAUUUAUGUUGGCUUAUCCUGACAUACAAGGUCAGUAACAUAUAUUUGGCCCUGGAUUUCUCAAAUUAAUAAAAAAAUAAAAAAAGUUUCAAAUGACCAUUUCUGUUUUACUUUACAGAGAAGGUACAAAAAGAGCUAGACUCUGUUCUUGAAGGGUCGUCUCCAGUCUACUAUGAGGACAGAAAAAGGCUUCCUUAUACAAAUGCAGUGAUUCAUGAAAUGCAACGUUUUGCAAACAUUUCGGGCUCGGGUGUUGUACGAUGUAACGUUAAGGAUGUAAUACUUGAUGGUUUUACUUUGAGGAAGGUGGGAUAUGAGUGUAUGAUCUAUAUAUGUUCCCAUGUAUUUUAGCAUUCUGGGCAUUUCUGCUAAAUGUAUAUGCAGAGGCGUAUUUACUGAAAAUAGCACCUAUGGCAAGCACAAGCACUGAAAUUGCUCCCCUUGUGGCCCAUGUCCAAAUAUUUGACACACAUUUUUCAGAUAACUUUACCAAAAUACAUGCUGUAUGUAAUGUGUGGUGUGUGUUGACUGUAUAUAAUGUGUGUGAUCUUGCUCUAUGUAGUUCCAUUCUGCUAGUCUUUCUUCAAGGGUGGUGUUCCAGUAGGAGUUAGCUCUGCCUGGUGGUCUAGCAGGGAGCCUGAACCUGAAGCAGCCAUUCCAACAUGCAAAAACUCAUUUCAGGGAGGUGGCUGCGGCCCCCCCCCCCCAUGCCUACCCACCCUCUGCGCAGGCCCACAGACAAUCACAUACAAUAUAUUACAACUAUUUACACACCUUUACACACAGAUACACGCAUUGGCAUAUAAAGACAAUUUGACACACAGAUAUAUGCACUGACACAUGCACACAGGUACACACUGGCACACAGAUACACACACUGGCACAUACACACAAAUACACACACUGACAGAUACACACAUAUAAUCUGACAUACACUCUCUACAAUGGACAGUGCCAAGGUGACCGUAGGGAUCCUUUAAAAAAAAAUAUUUUAAAGCAUUUAUACCUCAUCAGAAUGAAAUCUGGGGUAUAGUGCUUAAUAAACAUGGGGCAAUGAUCGUGGACAUCAAUGGAAUAGAGCAGUAGAUUGACUUUGCAAAACUGUUUUGUUUUUUAAAUCCUGAAUAUAUUUACCGCCCUAUGAAUAUUGUAACAGACAAAUGCACCAAAAGCCAAUACCAACUUUUCUUUGUGUCCUUUAUAGAAGAAGCCCUUAUUGCAAAAAUAUAGUGUAAGUCAAUCUGAUUCAUGAAUGAUCAAUCAUUUAGAUUGUAAGCUCACUGCAGGGCCCUCUACCUGUUGUAUCGGUCUGUUCUUAUUGGGUUUUGUCUUUUUUUCCCAAUUGUACAGCGCUGCGGAAUUUGUUGGCGCUUUAUAAAUGCCAGUAAUAAUAAUAAUAAAUCAAACAAUAUCAUCAUGAAAAAGGGAGCUAAGCCUAAAGGGAAACUAUAGUGCCAAGAAAACAAACUAAUUCUGUCAAAGCCCCCUCCCGUGGCACUUACCUGGGUCCAGCGCCAAUGUCCCUCGAUGCUGGUUCAGCCCUGCCCACGCUCCUUCCCCGCCGCCGGCUGCUGGCGGGGGAGACCUAAUGCACACGCGCGGCCAUGGCCAUUAUUCAAUGCUUUCCUAUGGGGAUUCCGGCGAUGCUCUACAUCCUCAUGCAGAGCGUGGGGACGUCAAACGUCAUUUAGAACACUUUUGGUGAUAUAAGAAUCCGGAAGCACCAUCUAGCGGCUGUCUGAUAGACCAGAAACUAGAGGUGGAAUUAGUCCUGUAAUCAGAACACUGUGGUUUCUCCAAAACCACAGUGUUUUGACUAACAGGGCUAAGGAUAGAGGGACAAGGCACCCAAACUACUCCAGUGUGCAGAAGUGGUCUGGGUGCCUACAGUGUCCCUUUAAAGAGAAAAUCUGGCCCUGUCAGACAAAAAAAUAUGAAUUUGAAAUUUAAGGUGCAGUCAACAUUUUUGGUUUGGUUGUUUCAUUUAUGUAAUUGCAAUCUAGAUCUGGGCUUUUGAGGUCUAAGAUUUAAUUUUUAGACAAGUUGUUAUAUUUAUGUAAAGAUAAAAGGAUGAGACAGCGCUUAAUUAACUUAUAGGCAGCAACCUUAAAAGGGGAUCCCUCAAAACCCUUUAAAAUAAGGUGAAUAAAAAACAAUAAAAAAGGCUGCGCCGCAAUAGAUAAUAAAAAAUAUAUAAAAAGUCCAAUAAAAGGUCCAAAAAAGGGAGAAGAUCCCAAUGUUUAUCCUUACAAAUAGUCUUUGGUGGUGAGGUCUUCUACUGAUGUGGUGGAACCACUUGGUAUGAAAGAUAAAAAGAGAGAAGGACAACCAAUGGUGCAGUAUGUAAAAUUCAAAUGUGAAUAUAGAGGAGUAAUAGUAUAAAACUCACAUUUACCAGAGCUAAUAUCCAGCUCUGGAGUAAAGCGCAUACAGCGGUUUUUAUCCCCGCUUAUGGGAUAUAGGUGGGUUCCUCUCCGUUGCUGGUGUCCAGUUCUCGGAAUAAAAGAGACAACUAAUAGUGCUCACUGUAUAGUAGUGUUGGUAAAAUAAUAAAAGAAUGUACUUACAAGACAAGAGCAGGCCAACUGCUCUGUGAUGAUAGCUUGGGUGGAUUGAUCCCCACCUAAGGAUUUCUUUUAGUACAGGAAACUUCCAGGGAUAUUUUCCAAAGGUUUUUAUAAAACCAAUAAAAAUAAUACUAAAAAGCCAGGGUAAAAGGAAAGGUUAUGUGUCUUUAAAAAAGUUGAUUGGCACAAAUAGAUGACCAAAAAUACUUUAAUAUAUAUAAAAGAACACAAAUAUUAAAUAUCCAUAACGCGUUUCGUCAAAAAAAAGACUUUCUCAAAUGGAUUUACAUAAGAUACCUAGCUAGUAGAUGUUUAUAUAGGGAUAAAACUAAUUUGAAUUUGGUGCCAAAAAUGGUACAACCAAUUAGAAUUAGAAACAAGAUAAAACAUUGAAUUGCAUAAAUAACUUAAUAAAUAUAUAAAUAAUAGUACUGUAACAUGAUGUUGAUAUAUUUAGAUCAAAAACGAAGGAGUUAAAAUGUGUUUUUAGACAUUAAUAGAAAGUCACAUGUCCAAACAGCACUUCCGCGUUUCGGAAGUAGGACGCAAUGCCACAUGGGAAAUGUAGUUAAAAAUGGCCGCGAAAAGCGGCCGCAUAUAACAAUAAAAUAGAUAAAGGAUUGCAUAAUUUUAGCCUAUACAAGAUGAUAAAUAGAGUUAAAGAUUAAAAACGAGAAGGAGAAAUAGACUUAAAAACGGAUCUAAAUAGGUCACAUGAGAUUCGGCACUUCCGCAAAUCGGAAGAUAUAGCCGCAAUGCAUGUAGGGAAAUGUAGUUUCACCUAUAGUAAUGGAAACAAGUACAGCAGAUAAAUGUACUUAGAAUAGAUAUACUAGAAAAAGGCAAUAUGCAAUUUUAAAUACAUGAACUUAUAACCAUAAAAAGUAAGAAUAAAACAAAACAAAAAUGCCUAAAUAAAAGAUACAUAAAUAACAGUAAAAGCUUAAUUUUUUUAAAGGUACAGGCAGCAAAAUUAUAAAAAAAAUAAUAAAUUAAAAAUUAUGUAAAUCAAAAUCUGCAUUAAGACCAUGGGGUAUAAGAGUCUGAAGUUUAUACACCCAUUCCAUCUCUGUUUUUCCAAGCAUCUUUUUCAUGUCACCUCCACGCCAAGAAAUAGAGCAUUUGGUUAUACCAAUACAUUUUAAUAGACGUGGAUCUCUGUUGUGCAUAAUAAAAUGUUUGGAUACUGUAUGAUUCAGGUAUCCAUUUUUAAUAUUUCUGCAAUGUUCGCUCAGUCUUAUCUUUAAGCACCUAGCAAACCUAGUCUCCUACUUCAGAUAUAUAGAUGACCUCUUUUUUAUAUGGGAUGGACCAGAAAACCAUCUUAUUGAUUUUAUAAAUUAUCUAAACACCAACAACAGGGGUAUUAUCCUUACAUAUGAAUACAGUAAGGAGUCUAUUAAUUUCUUAGAUCUUAACAUUUUUAUCAACAAGGGACAACUUCAAACAAAAACUUUUUUUAAACAAGUAUGUGUUAAUACGGCUAUAGACAAAUCCAGUUGCCAUUAUAAACCUUGGCUUGAGAGCAGGGCCGUCUUUAAUAACGAAUGGACCCUGGGCAAGUGUUUGCUUGGGCCCCCUGUGCCCUGCCGCUCUCGCCCCUCACUCCCUGGUAUGCAAUCACGGCAUCCAUCCCACCGCAGUGGCGGUACUAAAGUAGAAUGAAUUUUAUUGGGACCCUCAAUUGCAAGGUUGGACUAAAGGUAGAACCCCAUCUGUCGUGCAACUCCAACAAUGGUUUGACAGCUGGGACUCUACCAAUUUCCCAUGCUUGCAGGGUUGUAUUUAGCACUGAGCCAUGUUAGUAUGUUUGAAUGUAAGCAUGUGUUUGUAUGGAGUAUGUUUGUGUGAAUGUGUUUGUAUGUGGUACUGGAGUUUGAAUGCAAGUGUGCAUUUAUGUGUAGUGUUUGUUUUUGAAUGUAGGAGUGUGCUUGUAUGUAGUGUUGACGUUUCAAUGCAGGAGUGUGUUUUAUAUGUAGUGUUGAAGUUUGAAUGGAGGGGUGUAUUUGUAUUUAAAGUUGCGGCUCAGAUGCACAGGUACACACUCUGACGCACAAGCAGAUACACAGAUACAUACACUGACUACAUACAGAUAAACAGGCACAUACACUGACAGACACACUGACACAGGUACAUAUAUUGACACACACAGACACACACACUGGUAGACGUACUGACAGACAUACUGACACAGGCACAUAUACAGACAUACUGACACACAGACACAUAUACCGACAUACUGACACACACACACAGACACAUACACUGAUCAACAUACUGACACACAUACACUGACAGAAAUACUGACACCCACACACUGACAGAUAUACUGACACCCACAUACACUGAGAAAUACUGACACACACACACAGGCACAUACACUGACACACACAGACUGAUAUACUGACACACACACACACAGACAUACUGGCACACAGACAGAUAUACUGACACACGCAUACACAUGCACUAACAGACAUACUGACGCACUGACAGACAUACUGACACAUACACAUACCGACACACACAGAUAUACACACACAUAACGCCGGACACACACACACCAACAACACACACCAACACACACACCAACACACACACCAACACACACACCAACACACACAAUCCAACACACACCAACACACACACCACACACACCAACACCACACCCAACACACACCACGACACAAACACACCCAACACAUAAACACACACACACUAACACACACAAACACACACAUACAUACACUAACACACACAUACAUACACUAACACACACAUACACUAACACACACACUCUAACACACAAACACACACAUACACAAACACACACACUAACACAUAAACACACACAUACAUACACUAACACACAAACACAUACACUAACACACACACACUAACACACAAACACUAACACACACAUACACACACACACACAUACAUACACUAACACACAAACACUAACAUACACAUACACUAACACACAAACACACAUUAUUUUUUUAAAAUGUAAUCCCCCCAGCCUCCUUACCUUUUGGAGUGCUGGGGGGAUUCCCUGGGGUCCAGUGGUGCUGCUGGGCAGGUGGCCGGUCGGGCAGGCGGGUGGCCGGUCGGGCAGGAAGGCGGGCGCGCGAGGGAGCACUCACUGCUUCCUCUUCAGCUCCCUCGCGCACCGCGUAAGGGGUGCCGGCGCCGGAAGAUGAUGUCAUCUUCCGGCUCCGGCAUCAGUGCGGUGCACGAGGGAGCUGAAAAGGAAGCAGUGAGUGCUCCCUCGUGCGCCCGCCUUCCUGCCCGACCGGCCACCCAGGGUCAGCAGGGCCCACGGGGCAGGUGCCUCGGGCCCCCCAAGAGAAACUGGGCCCGGGGCAGCUGCCCCGUUUGCCCCGCGUUAAAGACGGCCCUGCUUGAGAGUGCUCCAAAGAGCCAAUUCUUGCGUCUUCGCAGAAACUGUUCAGAACUUACAGAUUUUAAUGAACAAGCAGAGGUUUUAAAAAAUAAAUUUAUGGAGAAAAAAUAUUUAGAAUCUGAUCUAAAUGCCACAAUCAGUAUAGUAAAGCAGAAAGAACGAAAUGAACGUCUAAAGUAUAAAAAUAAAGAAAAUAAUGAACCAAUAUCUCUUCCAGUUAUUUUUAAUUUUAAUAAUAAAAGCAAUAAUGUUAAAAAAAUAAUAAAAAAACAUUGGCAUAUACUCAAACAUGAUGAGAUACUUAACCCUAUCAUACCCAUUCAUCCUAAUAUUGUUUUUAGAGGAGCACCUAAUUUUAAGUCUAUUUUAACCAAAAAUUUUACUAAAAAAUCUCCUUCCAAAAAUGUAUCUUUCUUUCCUCAGACGAAAGGUUUUUAUAGAUGUAAACAAUGCAUUGUAUGUAAAACCACUGAUCAUUCUAUUCCAUCUAAAAUUACAAAUUUUAUGUCAAAUAGGACUAAAAAAGUGUACAAUAUAAAUGAUUUUAUAUGUUGCAAUACAAAAUUUUUUAUUUAUCUGCUCGAGUGCCCGUGUGGCCUCCAAUAUGUGGGGAUGACCACAAGGUGCUUAAAGAUAAGACUGAGCGAACAUUGCAGAAAUAUAAAAAAUGGAUACCUGAAUCAUACAGUAUCCAAACAUUUUAUUAUGCACAACAGAGAUCCACGUCUAUUAAAAUGUAUUGGUAUAACCAAAUGCUCUAUUUCUUGGCGUGGAGGUGACAUGAAAAAGAUGCUUGGAAAAACAGAGAUGGAAUGGGUGUAUAAACUUCCGACUCUUAUACCCUAUGGUCUUAAUGCAGAUUUUGAUUUACAUAAUUUUUAUUUAAAAAAAAAUUUUUUUUUUUUUUUAUUUUUUUUAUAAUUUUGCUGCCUGUACCUUUAAAAAAAUUACGCUUUUACUGUUAUUUAUGUAUCUUUUAUUUAGGCAUUUUUGUUUUGUUUUAUUCUUACUUUUUAUGGUUAUAAGUUCAUGUAUUUAAAAUUGCAUAUUGCCUUUUUCUAGUAUAUCUAUUCUAAGUACAUUUAUCUGCUGUACUUGUUUCCAUUACUAUAGGUGAAACUACAUUUCCCUACAUGCAUUGCGGCUAUAUCUUCCGAUUUGCGGAAGUGCCGAAUCUCAUGUGACCUAUUUAGAUCCGUUUUUAAGUCUAUUUCUCCUUCUCGUUUUUAAUCUUUAACUCUAUUUAUCAUCUUGUAUAGGCUAAAAUUAUGCAAUCCUUUAUCUAUUUUAUUGUUAUAUGCGGCCGCUUUUCGCGGCCAUUUUUAACUACAUUUCCCAUGUGGCAUUGCGUCCUACUUCCGAAACGCGGAAGUGCUGUUUGGACAUGUGACUUUCUAUUAAUGUCUAAAAACACAUUUUAACUCCUUCGUUUUUGAUCUAAAUAUAUCAACAUCAUGUUUCAGUACUAUUAUUUAUAUAUUUAUUAAGUUAUUUAUGCAAUUCAAUGUUUUAUCUUGUUUCUAAUUCUAAUUGGUUGUACCAUUUUUGGCACCAAAUUCAAAUUAGUUUUAUCCCUAUAUAAACAUCUACUAGCCAGGUAUCUUAUGUAAAUCCAUUUGAGAAAGUCUUUUUUUUGACGAAACGCGUUAUGGAUAUUUAAUAUUUGUGUUCUUUUAUAUAUAUUAAAGUAUUUUUGGUCAUCUAUUUGUGCCAAUCAACUUUUUUAAAGACACAUAACCUUUCCUUUUACCCUGACUUUUUAGUAUUAUUUUUAUUGGUUUUAUAAAAACCUUUGGAAAAUAUCCCUGGAAGUUUCCUGUACUAAAAGAAAUCCUUAGGUGGGGAUCAAUCCACCCAAGCUAUCAUCACAGAGCAGUUGGCCUGCUCUUGUCUUGUAAGUACAUUCUUUUAUUAUUUUACCAACACUACUAUACAGUGAGCACUAUUAGUUGUCUCUUUUAUUCCGAGAACUGGACACCAGCAACGGAGAGGAACCCACCUAUAUCCCAUAAGCGGGGAUAAAAACCGCUGUAUGCGCUUUACUCCAGAGCUGGAUAUUAGCUCUGGUAAAUGUGAGUUUUAUACUAUUACUCCUCUAUAUUCACAUUUGAAUUUUACAUACUGCACCAUUGGUUGUCCUUCUCUCUUUUUAUCUUUCAUACCAAGUGGAUCCACCACAUCAGUAGAAGACCUCACCACCAAAGACUAUUUGUAAGGAUAAACAUUGGGAUCUUCUCCCUUUUUUGGACCUUUUAUUGGACUUUUUAUAUAUUUUUUAUUAUCUAUUGCGGUGCAGCCUUUUUUAUUGUUUUUUAUUCAUGUUAUAUUUAUGUGACUACAAUCUGGAAAUAAUGAGAGAAUAAUGUAAUCCUAUUAAAAAUGUAGAACUCAAAUUUUUUUUCCACCUCUUUUAGGAUACAAUGAUUCUGCCUAAUCUUGACUCUGUCCUGCAUGAUCCUCAGUACUGGAAGACCCCAUAUCAGUUCAACGAGAACCAUUUCUUAGACAAAGAUGGAAACUUUGUAUCAAACGAGGCCUUUAUACCAUUCUCUGCAGGUAACUCAUUUGUGUUGUGUAUUAUACUUUUUUAUUUUUAUUUUUUUAGGUAUUUAGAGGGUGUGAUGCAGUGUGAAGCAACAUUUUUGUUUGUAUAACGAACAAUGGUUAUAUAACAAAUGGACUGAUACUAAAUGGCCUAGCUUAUUACCAAAUUAAAAACUGUGCACUUCUCACAAACUCCAUGUCAAUCCCUUUUUGUCACUUUUAUCAUAGUGUAUGUUACGAACAACUUAUUGUAUUAACAUUGUAGCUGUAUCAAUAUUCGCAAUCCCUGCAGUUUAAAUACGUGCAAUGCUGUUGUAUGAAAAGGUUUUUUUUUUUGUUAUCUGAAAUAGUAGAUAACUGCAGUCGUUAACCAUUGCAGUUGAAUUUCUACAAAUUAACUAAAAGCUGAGAAAGUUUGUUAGCUGAAAAUUAGAGCACCUUGCUUCAGCCCCUUAUUUCCUGCAACCACCAUAAAUUCAUAAUAAAGAUUCUAAUUUCAGAUACAUAGCUUAUUUACAUUGUUCUACAGAUGUUUGGGUUUUUUUUUAAACAAAGGCUUUAAUUUCAUAUAUUUGAAUAAGGUUUUCAAAUUAUCAUAAUCUGUUAGAAAAACGUUUUAAAUGAUUUAUCUACAGAAGUCAUCAAUGCUAUGGGGAUUUUUGUAGAUAAGUCAUUUGAAAAGUUUUUCUAACAGAUUGUGACCAUUUCCAAUGUGGGUCCAAAAUAAUGAAAUCAGGGUUUGUUAAGCAAAUAAGCAGACUCAUUUCUCCCAUAGGACAUAGAGUGUGCUUGGGGGAGCAGCUUGCCCGGAUUGAACUAUUUAUCUUCUUCGCAACACUCCUGAAAUUCUUCAGGUUCUGUUUACCAGAAGAUGUAACUGAAGUAAACACCGACUAUAUAUUGGGAAUAACACUGAAGCCACAUCCUUUUAAAAUCUGUGCUGUGCCUCGUUAG